UCUUUUAGGCAUAUUUUCGGAAAAACUUUGCCAAAAUUUCGUCAAAAAAAAGAAGUAAAUAUUACUGCAAACUAACCGCAAAAAAGUCACGCAUAAAGCUUUUAAAAACACGAGCAGACAUUGCAUUAGUGUAAACAACUGGCAACGUAAGGUAAACAACGAAAUUGAAUACACACAUCUUACUGGUCUGACCUUGUUGCUGCUAAGUAACGCUCCAUAUUUCAUUGUUUCAGUUGCUGAAGCCACAACAAAGCAAAGUUGAAUGCAAGAGAACAUGAUGAUGAACUACAACAACAACGCAAACGCAGCUCUAAGCUCGUUCCAUUUAUCCAACGAGUGCAACUAUGGUGAUGCUCUAGAUUGCAGCGGCGACUUUAAUCCAACGACAACAAAUUCACACGCCUGCUUCACACACUACGGCUGUCCCAACGAAAUGGAUGGCGGCCAGCAGUGUGGGAACCGCAAUGGCACACCACACGCCAAGUCAGCCGUUAGUAGAAUACCACGUGUGUCGCCCAGACCGCGCCAAAGCUUGACACCACGCAUUCGAAGCGCUGUGCAACCCGUUUUCCAUGAGCGAUCCAAUAAUGAGGAUAAUGCGCUGUUGUCGAACGAUCUGUGGAAGCUGGCACGCAAGACGGGCACAUUGAAUUUGACAAACAAGGGCAUGGCACGUGUGCCCGAGCGCAUUUACGAUAUUAAUGAAGCGGAUGAGGACAGCAAAGCCGCUACCUUGGAACAAUUAUGCAUCAAAGAAGAAGACGCCUGGUGGAAUCAAGUGCCCAUAAGUAAUCUAGAUCUAAGCUCAAAUACGCUGACACAAAUCUCGCCAAGAAUUGAGAACUUGACAACGCUGACAGUGCUGCAGCUGCAUGACAAUGCGCUGGUCUCCUUACCACCACAGAUUGGCAAGCUUGAAAAGCUGGUACGCUUGAAUCUUAGCCACAAUAAGCUUAAGGACUUGCCUGCUGAGCUUUACAGCUUGCCAGAGCUGCGGCACUUGAAUAUCUCAUACAAUUUAUUUAUUGAGCUUAAUCCCGACAUAAGCAAUCUACACAUGUUGGAAUUUCUGGAUGCUGGCAACAAUAACAUUCAAGAGCUGCCCGGUGGCAUUGGUUUCCUGGUGCGUCUAACUGCGCUUUUAUUGCCCAAUAAUCACAUCAAGGAACUACCACCCGACAUAGUCAAUAUGCGCUCAUUGCAAAAACUGGAUUUAAUGAAGAAUGAUUUAAGUUCCAUGCCAGAGGAUAUGGGUUUGCUUAGAAAGCUGCAGUGCUUGUAUGUGCAGCAUAACGAUAUAAAGGAGCUGCCGGAUUUUGAGGGCAAUGAGAUGCUCAAUGAACUGCAUGCCAGCAAUAAUUUUAUAGAGUGCAUACCCAAGGACUUGUGCAGCAACUUGCCGCAUUUAAAAAUUUUUGACUUGCGCGAUAAUAAAUUGAGCGACUUGCCCGAUGAGUUGUGCCUGCUGCGUAAUCUAAAUCGUCUGGAUGUGUCCAAUAACUCCAUUAGCGUCUUGCCCGUCACUUUGUCGUCGCUGGCGCAUUUGAUAAGCCUGCAGGUGGACGGUAAUCCCAUCAAGACAAUACGCCGUGAUAUUAUACAAUGUGGCACGACGCGUAUUUUAAAAACACUGCACGAGCGUGCUCAGGCAAAGGUUAGAGAAGAGGGUGGCGCUGAGCUGGCAGGCGUCAACAGCGCGACAGCAAUGGGCAUGCCUAAUUUGCCUGGCAAUAUGCCAGACAACAGCUGCCUGCAACAGGAUCCCAUGCAGUUUGAGUAUCAAUAUUCUCGUUUCAUGCCCACGCCAAAUAACUUUGAAGGCUAUGCAGCUUGCUAUUCAACAGCACCACGUUUAUCAUAUAGUAGUAUGCCCGAGAAUAAUUUGUGGCAGCAACAGUUGCAACAAGCCAAUUGCUAUAUGAGUCGCCCUUCCUUCUAUGGCUGUGAUGCUAGAGCAAUGGCAGAGCAUGAAGUCUAUGAGCGCAGUGAACGCUGCGUUGUAAAUCCACGUUGGGUGUACAAACUGCGACAUUCACGCACUUUAGCUGUCAAUUUGGAGGAACUUACUAAUGUGCCCGAUGAGGUGUUCCAGCUGGCCGCCGCCGAGCAGGUGCAUGUGGUAGACUUUGCGCGCAACAAGCUGAGCACACUGCCCAAUGGUUUGCAGCACAUGCGUGGAUUGGUAACAGAGCUGGUCUUGUCGCAGAAUAUAAUAAGCAGUGUGCCACCAUUUAUAUCGCAAUUCACACGCAUUACAUUUCUGAAUCUGUCCAACAAUCUGCUCAACGGCUUGCCCGAUGAGUUCGGUGUGCUAAGCACCCUUCGUGAGCUCAAUAUUGCUAACAAUCGCUUUGAAAUCUUGCCCAAUGCUUUGUAUGAGCUGCAAGGCCUGGAAAUCUUGAUUGCGAGUGACAAUCACAUCAAGGCCCUAAAUGUUGCUGGCUUGCAGGCCAUGAAGCGUUUAAGUAAUUUGGAUUUACGCAACAAUGACAUUGACAACAUACCACCGAUAUUAGGCAAUUUAACAAAUAUUACCCAUUUGGAGCUGAUUGGCAAUCCGUUUCGCCAGCCGCGUCAUCAAAUACUAAUGAAGGGCACCGAUGCCAUUAUGUCUUAUCUGCGUGACCGCAUACCCAUCUAAAUCACAAGCAAUAACUAAUUGUUGAUUAAUUUAUUUACUAGCGUUAGCUACACAUGCGCUCCCAUACAAUAUUUAUUGUAUUAGUUUUGACAAGUAACUUAAAGAAAAUUAUGUAUAAGCAGUUGACAUGCAUAUACGCCGACACACAGACACACGCACAUCCUGUGUGAGUGUGUGAGUGUGACUGCGUAUGUGUAUGUAUAUUUGGCCAUAUCCGCGCAGUGUACAGUGUACCAUAAAAAUAGGCAAAGAGCAAGCAAGUAAACUAGUCAGCAACAGAACUUUCACUUUGUUAGCAGUUGGCCAAAUGCUUGCAAUUAAUAAAUACCAAAUAAAAAAUGUAACUAAAAU